UUUUAGCUCGACCGAUGGUGGAGACGCCGGCGGUAGAUGCGCGCGUCGAGGAGCGAGGGGCCGAGGUGCGGGCGGGGUUUCCGUCGCCGCGGUCGUCGCGAGCCGUGCUCGACUCGGCGCGCCGACAGCAGACCGAGCGCACCCUGCUGCGGUCGCCCACGUCGCCGACGCGGCGGGUCCUGGACGAGAAGAGCCAGCUCAUGCUCGAGGUACUUCAAGACUAUGGCCCGUACUCGCCGCGAAGAGAGUACAGCUGCCGGUCGCUGCCCAAGCCCCGAAGCGAGGACUUUGUCUUGCGACACAACGCCCAAAACAUCCACGACUUCAAGCAAGCGUACUCCAAGUCGUAUGGAACGCUCAACCGCAAGCCGCCGCAGUUUGCGCUCAACUGCCCACCGACGAGCCCGUACGCCAAGCGCCCGCCGUCGCCGCCCCACCCACCUGCCGAGCCGCUUUGGAAGCAAUCCAAGCCCAAUGUAUGGGUCCUCACCGAGCACGGGCUAAGGUCGCUCGUGGGGGUCGCGACGCCGCACGCUGCGCCGCCGCGCCUCCUACCCUCCAUCGCCAAGCGGCCGCCGGAAGCCUCGUCCUUCCAGGCCCACGCGCAAGUUGGGUCGCACAUCGACCUCUCCAAGGACAACGAGUUUGCGAGCCUCGUGCGCCUGCACCACUACUCGCCACGGACGACGCCACUGCCACCGUCGACGGCACAUGCACGCAACGCUGCGUAUGCGCUAAGCAUGCUCGGGCGGCCAAGCACGUCUCCAGACGUUGGUGGGAGUCCCGGGAGUGGCGGUCGCCGGCCAAUGUCGUCGGAAGACCGAGCUGCCAUGUAUGGUUUCUUCGCCAUGUCGUCGUCCCCAUCAAAGUCGCCGCUGCGGUCGCCCAAGAAGCCGGCGUCGCCACCGAAACCCGAGCAGCUUUGCCCAUCGAUUUCGCUCAAGCACAUGUCGCUCAUGGAGGUCGAGCCGAGCAUCAUCAACUUUGACCGCGUCCGUCGCGGCCAAACGUACCACUUCCCCAUCAAGAUCCGCAACUUUGGCACCAAGCAAGAGCGGUUCCGUGUCCGCUCGAUCGCACUUAAGGCAGGCGGCGCCGAGUGCUCGACUGUCCAGGUCGAGUACGACCGAGAGAAGGCCAAGAUUGCGCCGGGGCUCAGCGCGAUGCUGCUCGUGAUCGCCACGUUUGAGCGUUCUGGCGCCAUCUCCGGCGUCCUCGAUAUUGAGAGUCCGAGCGGCAAGUGCGGCCUCGCCGUCAUCGGCACCGUCGAGUCCUCGUAAAGCGAAUGUAGGUGAUCUUAUUAAAUAAAGGAGUUGUGG